ACCGCCGCCAUCUUGGCUCCGCCAUCGCCUCCCCCCCCACCCCGUAUCCAUUGGGAUUAAAGGGGGAUCCUGAGGGCCAUGGAGGAGCAGGGGCAGCCCCAAAGUGUGGAGGAGACCCCCGAGAGCCCCACAGGGGCGUCCAUAGGGGACCCCAUUGAGGGCAAUGGGAACCCCAUUAAACCCAAUGGGGACCCCAUUAAGGGCAAUGGGAACCCCAUUGAAGGCAAUGGGGACCCCAUUAAACCCAAUGAGAACCCCAUUAAACCCAAUGGGGACCCCAUAGAAGGCAAUGGGGAACCCAUUAAACCCAAUGAGAGCCCCAUUAAACCCAAUGGGGACCCCAGUAAGGGCAAUGGGAACCCCAUUAAUGACACUGGGACCCCCAUUAAACCCAAUGAGACCCCCAUUGAAGGCAAUGGGAACCCCAUUGAACCCUAUAGGGACCCCAUUAAGGGCAGUGGGAACCCCAUUGAACCCUAUGGGGACCCCAUUAAAGGCAAUGGGAACCCCAUUAAAGGUAAUGGGGAACCCAUUAAACCCAAUGAGACCCCCAUUAAGGGCAAUGGGAACCCCAUUAAGGAUAAUGGGACCCCCAUUAAACCCUAUGGGGACCCCAUUAAAGGCAAUGGGGACCACAUUGAGGGCAGUGUGGCCCCAAAGGGCAAUGGGGACCCCAUUAAACCCAAUGGGCACCCCAUUAAACCCAAUGACACCCCCAUUAAACCCAAUGGGGACCCCAUUAAACCCAAUGAGACCCCCAUAGAAGCCCAUAGGGCCCCCAUUAAACCAAAUGGAGACCCCAUUAAACCCUAUGGGGACCCCAUUAAACCCAAUGACACCCCAAUUAAACCCCAUCUGGAGGCAGCUCUGCUGCAGGCCCCAGGGCUGCCCCUGCCCCCCGAGCUCACCCCAUUGCUGGCACUGCCCCUGCCCCCGCCCCACAAGUGUGUGCUGCUCGAUGGGGCAGGGCUGCUGAGGAGCAACCUCAGCCCCCUGGGGGGGGCCCCCCCCCUGGGCCUUCCCGUGGUGCACCGCGCGCUGACGCUGCUGGAGCGCUACGGGCGGAACCUGCUGCAGGCCCCGCCCCCCCGGCACUGGCGGCGCGUGAGCCGCGGGAACCCGGCCUACCGCGGGGCGCUGCGUCACGUGACGGGGGCCCGGGAGGUGCUGAUGCUCUUGGGGUACACGUCCGAGGAGGGGGAGGGGCUGAGCUUCCCCCCAUGGGUCCCAGCCCCACACGGACCCCGUGUGGCCACAGUGACAGCUGAUGUGCUGCUGCUGCGGAGGGAGCUGGAGCUGCUCAUGGAGAACCAGCACCCGAACCCCCACUUCUUCACUGACAUCCUCAAGGGGGGCGAGGAGGAGGACCUGGUCACUGAUGCGAUGCCCAUAGUGGAGCACGAUGGCCCUAUAGGUAUGGGCUCCGCCCCACCACCCGCUAUGGGGCAGCCCCAUAGCGCUAUGGGGCAGGAGGAGGAGGGGGGGGGCUGGGCCUGCGCCUCCUGCACCUUCCUCAAUGGCAGCCCCAGUGUCCUCUGUGGGGUGUGUGAGCGCCCCCGUCUGGCCCGGAGGCCUCCCCCGCAGGGCUGGCCCUGCCCCCACUGCACCUACUUCAACCACGGCCCUGGCCCCACAUGUUCCCUGUGCCACCUGCACCGGAGCCACCCCGUAAGCCCCGCCCCCGAGCACCACGUGACCGCCCCUGACCCCCACGUGACCCCCUCCGAGCCCCGCCCACCAGCGGAGCCACGCCCCCCGCCCAAGGCCACGCCCCCUCUCGACGCUGACCAAUGGCGGCAGAGGCGCCUGGAGCAAGAUGGCCGCCGGGUGGUGGCCCUACUGAGGGUGAGGCCGCUGAGCUCCAUGGCUCCGCCCCCCCUCUCCCCCCCCCCCGCCCCUCCCCACACCCUAUGGGUCCUGGCCGGGGCCGUGGGUCUCUAUGGGGCACAGGAGCCUGGGGGCCCAUUGGGGGCCCUGUCCCUGCCUGAGGCCCUAUGGGGCUGGGGCCGCGCUAUGGGGCAGGCGGGGGGGGCCCUGCGGGCGUGUAUGGGGCGGAGACGGAAGCAGCUCAAGGCUCUCUCCUCUAUGGGCUUCCCAGACCAGCUCCAGUCUGGCCGGGCCCUGUUCCAGGCUGGGGGCUCCAUCAGUGGGGCCCUGGCCCUAUUGCAGGCCCCAUUGAUGGGACCCUUCCUACAGCGGCUAUGGGACCCACAUGUCCCCCCUAUGGACUGGGGGUGUGCGGACCAGGCGCCCCUGAUCCGCCGCGCUCUGGCCGAGCUGCCCCUGCCCAGCUGGGGCCGAGCUCAGCUACUUGUGGGGCUGGGACGGGAGCUUGGCUAUGGGGCAGCAUUAGGGGCCCUACUGGAGGCCGUGGGCAGCUGUGGGGACCCCGAGCAGCUCCGGAGGCGCCUGCGGUGUGAGUGUGCUGUAUGUGGGGCAGCCGUGGCCAGGGAGCAGGCCCAGGUGCUCCCAGCCUGCCAGUGUUGGCUGUGCCCCGAGUGCUUCCGGCUUCACUUCCGGGUCGGGGUGCGCGAGCGGCGGGUUCGUGACCUCGUGUGCCCCUCGUGCGCGCGCCCUGACCUCCGUGACCCCGCGGCGGCCGCGGGCUACUUCUGUCUGCUGGAUGCGCAGCUCCGCCAGUGCCUGGACCCAGCCACCUAUGAGCUCUUCACCCAGAAACUGACUGAGCUGGAGCUGGAGCGAGACCCCCAGUUCCUCUGGUGCCCCCAGUGCUCCUUUGGCUUCAUCUUCGAGGCUGAGCAAGGCCCUGCUCAAUGUCCCCAAUGCAAACACAGCUGCUGCCCCCGAUGCCAGCGCCCGUGGCUCCCUGCACACACCUCCCUGUCCUGUGCUGCCUUCGAGGCCUGGCUUGGGUCCUCCAACCACCAGGGGGCGCCAGAGGCUCCGAGCCUGGAGGCCUUCCUGCAGGAGCACAGCAUCGGCUGCCCACGCUGUGGGGCUCGCUUUGCCCUGGCCCGUGGGGGCUGCCUGCACCUCCAGUGCUCCCAGUGCCAGCACCAGUUCUGCAGCGGCUGUGCCUGCCCCUUCCACCCCCGUGAUUCCUGCCCCAUAGAUGGCUGCCCCCUUCGGGGCUCCCUCCAUGGGCACCACCCCCGAGACUGCAUCUUCCACCUGCGGGACUGGAGCCCAACCCGCCUGCAGCGGCUGCUCCAGGACGCCUCCAUCCCCUUCGAAACCGAGCUCCCCGCAGGCUUCUCCCCUCCCCCAGGCGGCGGCUGCCCAGUGCUGGAGCAGAAAGAGACCCCAAUGGGUCUCAAGGACGAGCCCUGCGGCCGGGACACCCCAUUGGCCCACGGUGGCCUGUGCCGGGGGCACUACACCGAGUACCUGGUCCACGUGAUCAACCACCACCGCCUGGACCCCCUCCCAUUGUACGACAGCACCGAGCUCCGCGCAUGCGCAGAGCGCCACCUGCCGGGGGGGCGGAGCCAGCGGCGCGCGGGGGAAGGGGGCGUGGCCUACGAGCGCCGCCUCCGGCUCCUCCUCCAACGGGAGGCGCCGUUGAGGGGCGGGGCCACGCCCCCUCAGGACACGUGACCUUCCCC